AUGAAUAUUCGAUCAACUUUAAUAUUACUAUGUAUUUUUACUAGUGUUGUUUACUCUGGUCAACAAUUCACUUGGUUAAAUAACAACUUUAAUUAUUUCGAUACUACCAAUUGGAAUCCCAUUGGUAGUCCAUCGUCAGCCGAUGACAUUUCCAUUUCCAAAAACGACUCCUAUGUAAUAAUUAAUAAUAGCUCCACUGUUACCAACUUCAUUAUGAACAGUCCAAAGAAUGCCACUAUGGUCUUUGUCCAACAAGCCUCCCUCAAGGCGCAAUACGCUCAAGUCCAAGGUGGAUCCACCCUGUUUGUUGAAACCAGCUCACAAACUACCCCUGCCCUCCAAGUUUCCGUCCAAACCAAUUUGCUCUCCAACCUCUAUUUUAAAUCUGGAUUUGUAAAUGCUUCAAAUCUUGGAUUUGUAAAUGCAACCGUUCAAUUUGGUAAUGGUGUUCAAAAAUUGGCAACUAAUUUUGCCUCCCUCUAUAAUACAGCAAUGACUCAAAACUCUGGUGCCAGUACUAACUUUGCUGCAGCUGCAAGAUUUACAUUAUCAUCUUUAACAUCAAAUAAUGCUAUUUUCAAUUCAAAUAAUGCUGGGGUUAUUUCAACAAUGCACUCUUCCAACCUUACAUUUAUAGGAUCUACUUUUACAGCUAAUAACUAUUUCCUUCUCGAAACAGUAAAGAUGGUUGUAAAACAAUCGAAUUUCUAUAUCACCAAGCUUAAUUUAGUCCAAGAUGCAAGUUUCUCUGCUGAAAACUCACUGAUUUCCUUUGAUCAGUAUUUCACUACUAUCAGUACCGCUCCAGUUAAAUUAAAGAACUUUUGUAUCCUCCAAAGCACUGCUGCCACCUCGCAAAUGGUUGCCUCAUACAACUCGAUUCUCUACUUUGAGAACACCAUUUUCGAUAUGAAGGGUCAGUUCAUUCUAAGAGACAAUGCUCAACUUAUUUUUGCCGAUUUGAUUCUUCCCAUCAGACCAUUGACCAUCAAGCUCUUUGGUAAUGCCAAGAUCAAGUAUCAAUCAACAUGGUUUGGUGGUGGUCUAUCAUUCAUGAAGCAAGCAUCAAAUUUAGAUGUUACACCAGAAACAACAACAACCACUUCAACUCCAACACCAACACCAACUCCAACCUCAACACAAUCUACUCAACCAAACACUCAAAGUAAUAUUACCGUACCAACCACCAUUUCAACUUUAAGUUUUGAAUUAAAUGAUAACUCUGUUCUUGAAGUAACAAACAAUAUUUUAAAUAAUAUAAAUAUUAUUAAUAAUGGUGAAGGUACCAUUUUAUUUAAUAACAAUGUUACUCUUUCAAAUGUUACAAUCGAAGGAUCAGCUAUUGCUUCAGGCUCAUUGGAAUUAAAUAAGACUACUAUCAAUGGUAAUGUUAUUAACAGUGGCAACCUAUUUGGAAGCGGUACUAUCAAUGGUGGUCUUACAAAUACUGGUAACAUUGGUUCGGCUUUCGAUGUUAAUCAAAUCGUUAUUCAAGGUGCAUUCUCUUCCUCUUCCGCAAGUACCAUUGGCAUUUUAAUUAAUUCUCCAACUAGUUAUUCUCAAAUUAAUAUUACUGGUAGCUUCAAUUUCCUUGGAACUGUAAAUGUUAGAAUCAAUCAAGAUGCUUUGAUUCCAAAUCAAGUCUACAAGAUUAUCAACUACCCAGGUCAAUCAUCGUAUUCCUUUAACAAUGUAACCGUUGUCUUUACCAACUCACCCUCCAGUACAACCGAGCCACUCUCAUAUAGUUUGAUUAGCAACGCUGACAACUCAUUGUCAUUAAAGAUAAACGAAAGAGAGACCACACAAUCAAAGUCAUCCAAUAACAACAACUUGGCCAUCAUCCUAACGGUAUCAGGUGCUGCUUUCCUUUCGAUUUUGGUUGCCACUGCUUUCUUUAUCUACAAGAAGAGAUCAUCAACACUCAACAUCGACAUCGACCAAUCCAAUCAACACAAAGUUGAUAACAUCGAAAUGGUAUCAGUUGAACAACACUUUGCCUACCGAGCUUGA